UCUCUUCAUUCUGCAAACCCUCUCUCACACUUUCUUUGGUUCUCUUUGCGACGGCGAGUCCAGUGAAGAUUAACCUGAAAAUUAAGAGCAGUAAACCCAAACUAACGGUUCGAGACCUGUAAACUCUUUCACAUUCAAAUUCUAAUUAAUAUCUUGCUUGAGUUUCACAUGACUGAUAAUACAUCUCUUUCUGAUAUAAUUAAUCCAGCUAUCUUUUUUCUGUUUGUUUUCGCUGAAUCUUCUUUAAGAAUUAAACGGAUUAAUCAUUUGUUAAUUUGUACGUGUGUGUGUACGAGAAAACUAGCAGCAACGCCUCGCCAGAUGCUAACGCUGAGGGAGAAGUACUAUGAUUUCGACCAGAUUUCCAGUAAGGUUUUCAAGUGCAGGCGUGAUGAUCAGUUUUUCACCAUGAAAAUUGUCUCCAUUCUGAACGAAGAAAACCAAGCGAACAACGGGGUUCCGUACUGGAUUAUAAGAGAAAUCUCUAUUCUCAAAGAGCUGGACCACAUCAACAUUGUGAGGUUGAUCGAUGUGAUGACCGAUGGGCCCGACCUGUUUCUUGUUUUUGAGUAUCUUGACAAUGAAUUCCAAGCUGAUUUCCUGAAAAAUCCAAAGAUGUUUAUGUACCCACAAAUGAAAAAAGAGUUUCUUUAUCAAAUUCUCAAUACAGUUGCGUAUCUGCAUGCUCGUAAAAUUCUUCUCAGAGAUUUGAGACCUGAGAAUAUUCUGGUUAAUGUCAGAACCCAAGUUCUGAAGAUUGCACUCUUUGGGGCAGCCAGAACAUUUGAAGCUCCUCUUGAGGCUUACUCUAGCAGUGUGGGUUGUCUUUCUUAUAGGUCACCUGAAGUCUUGUUUCAGUUUGGCUGCGAGAAAUACUCAACUCCAAAUGAUGUCUGGGCCGUGGGUUGUAUAUUUGGCGAGAUGCUUCUUCACCGGCCUCUAUUCUCUGGUCCAAGUGAUGUGGAGCUGCUGGAUGAGAUAUUUACCUUGCUUGGUACCCCAACAGAAGAAACCUGGCCUGGAGUGACUUCUAUAUGCGGAACCUGUGCUUUAAUGGGACCUCCACAACAGCCCAAGGACCUGGCAAAAGAGUUUCCAAUGCUCAAUCCAGAUGGUCUUGAUCUACUCUCCAAAAUGCUUUGCCUUUGUCCAAAUUAUAGAAUUUCAGCUGAAGAUGCUGUUAAGCACCCAUAUUUCAAAGGAGUAUGAAAGAAAUUAAGAAGUGUGAUGACACUAUUACGUGCACACUAUAUUUUCAAUGAACUAGACUAUCGGAGCAAGAGAAGAGGACAUGAAGGUCAAUUAUUCUUGGAUUUGAUGACUCUUAAUUAAAUUUGUCAACAAUACUAACAAAUUUCUGGCUUUCUAUGUUCGCACCUAGCUCGGUCGAUAGACAAAUAAAUGUUCUUUUUUUCCUAUGGUGAUUGCGCCUUACCAGUUGCCACUUCUGAAGUAAAAUAAACUGUAGUGACGACUUGCGAUUAAUUUCAUGAAAUCCUGCUUGUGAGUAGUUGAGAUUUACAA